AUGACGACAGAUUCAAAUGCUUUCCAAAUACCGCUUAUUGAUUUUUCGAAAUAUCUAUCAGGAACGGCGGAAGAGCGAAAAGCAUGCGUAGAAGCCAUCAUGAAAGGCUUCACGAGCUCAGGGUUUCUAUACCUCGAAAAUAGCGGCCUUAGUCCCUCCAGUGCAUUCGACUGGAGCGCCAAGUUCUUUGACUUGCCUCUCGAAAUUAAGUCGAAGCAUCCAAACACGAACUUUGCUGCCAACCGGGGCUACUCUGGUAUGGGAAAAGAAAAAGUCACCAAUCUUGAUCUUGACUCCAAAGAUGAAAAUGCUAUCGAGCAGCUCAGGGCGAUGGUGCCAGAUAUGAAGGAAUCUCUCGAGAUUGGGUCAGACGCAGGGCCACGGUAUCCCAAAAAGCCGUGGCAGAACCACUACCCAGACGACUCUCUACCAGGAUUUGGAAAAGCUGUUAGUAGCUUUUACGAGCAGUGCGAUGAUCUGCACCUCCAAAUACUUAGUGCUAUAGCAGAAGGCUUAGGAUUAGAGCCUGGAUUUUUCAAGCCAUAUGUGUCCGGAGGUGACCACUGCCUUCGAUUGCUGCAUUAUCCCACGGUGCCGAAGGCUGUGUUAGACAAGGCUCCAGCCGUGCGAGCAGGCAGCCAUACCGACUACGGCACCGUGACGCUGCUCUUCCAAGACAUGAGUGGGGGUUUGCAAGUGAAAAACCCCGAUGGCUCGUGGCUCGACGUUCCACCAAAGGAGGGUGCCAUCGUUGUAAACGCUGGAGACAUGUUGCAGAUAUGGACAAACGAUGUGAUCAAGUCUACACACCACAGAGUUGUCAGCCCACCAAACGCGCCAACUACAGAGGACGGAUGCUACUCCGCGAGAUAUUCCAUUGCCUUCUUUGCUCACCCUGACCACGAGAAACUCGUAGAAGUGAUUCAGAACUGUGUGACAGACACACGCCCACAGAAGUAUGCUCCAACACUGCCUGGUGAUUGGAUGAUGAAGCGACUAGCCGCUACAUAUUGA